GGGCGGGGCCUGCAGCGGUCAGGUGACCGCGCGGCGGGCCGAGUCUUCUGUGGGGAUCCUGCAGGAGGCAGAGGCGCUGAGUUGCCGACUGGGCUGACCAGGUCUGUUAGGGCAGCGCGGCCGCGGCCAUGAGGGGCUUGAAAGACGAACUGCUCAAAGCCAUUUGGCACGCCUUCACCGCGCUCGACCUGGACCGCAGCGGCAAGGUCUCCAAGUCGCAACUCAAGGUCCUUUCCCAUAACCUGUGCACGGUGCUGAAGGUUCCACAUGACCCGGUUGCCCUUGAGGAGCACUUUAGGGAUGACGAUGAGGGGCCUGUCUCCAAUCAGGGCUACAUGCCAUAUUUAAACAAGUUCAUUUUGGAAAAGGUCCAAGACAACUUUGACAAGAUUGAAUUCAAUAGAAUGUGUUGGACACUUUGUGUCAAGAAAAACCUCACAAAGAGUCCUCUACUCAUUACAGAAGAUGAUGCAUUUAAAGUGUGGGUCAUUUUCAACUUUUUGUCAGAGGACAAGUAUCCACUAAUUAUUGUGCCAGAAGAGAUUGAAUACCUGCUUAAGAAGCUUACAGAAGCUAUGGGAGGAGGUUGGCAACAAGAACAAUUUGAACAUUACAAAAUAAACUUUGAUGACAAUAAAGAUGGCCUUUCUGCAUGGGAACUUAUUGAGCUAAUUGGGAAUGGACAGUUUAGCAAGGGCAUGGACCGUCAGACCGUAUCUAUGGCCAUUAACGAAGUCUUCAAUGAGCUUAUUUUAGAUGUAUUGAAGCAGGGUUACAUGAUGAAGAAAGGUCACAAACGGAAAAACUGGACUGAGCGCUGGUUUGUAUUAAAACCCAACAUAAUUUCCUACUAUGUGAGCGAGGAUCUGAAAGAUAAGAAAGGAGACAUCCUGCUGGAUGAAAACUGCUGUGUGGAGCAUUUAGGAGGCUGGGGCUGAAGGGUCGUGAAUUCAAGAUCCUCCUAGUCUACGUUGUGAGACCCUGUCUCCAUAAACAAAAUGGUAGUUUCCUGCUGAUGGACUACACUUCCCAGCUUCCUUGGAACUAUGGAAGUCAUUUCCACCUCAACAAGAGGCCACAUCCUAUCUUCCUCUGAACAUUUUGGCAUCCACAUAUGUGGGUGACAGAGAUGCCACCUUGCCAUGAAUAAGCAUGGUCCCACCUAAGUCUCUGCCUGACAAAGAUGGAAAGAAAUGUCUUUUUCUAAUAAAAUGCUUUGAUAAGACCUUUGAAAUCAGUGCCUCAGAUAAGAAGAAGAAACAAGAAUGGAUUCAGGCCAUUUACUCCACCAUCCAUCUGUUGAAGCUGGGCAGCCCCCCACCACACAAGGAAGCCCGCCAGCGUCGGAAAGAGCUCCGAAGGAAGCUGCUAGCCGAGCAGGAGGAGCUGGAGCGGCAGAUGAAGGAACUCCAAGCCGCCAAUGAAAACAAGCAACAGGAGCUGGAAAGCGUGAGGAAGAAACUGGAGGAAGCAGCCUCUCGUGCGGCAGACGAGGAAAAGAAACGCUUGCAGACUCAGGUGGAGCUACAGACCAGGUUCAGCACGGAGCUGGAGCGGGAGAAGCUGAUCAGACAGCAGAUGGAGGAGCAGGUUGCCCAGAAGUCCUCCGAACUGGAGCAGUAUCUGCAGCGAGUUCGGGAGCUGGAAGACAUGUACCUAAAGCUGCAGGAGGCUCUUGAGGACGAGAGGCAGGCCCGGCAGGAUGAAGAGACUGUGCGCAAGCUUCAGGCCAGGUUGCUGGAGGAAGAGUCUUCUAAGAGGGCAGAGCUGGAAAAGUGGCACCUGGAGCAGCAGCAGGCCAUUCAGACAACAGAGGCGGAGAAGCAGGAGCUGGAACAGCAGCGUGUCAUGAAGGAGCAGGCAUUGCAGGAGGCCAUGGCACAGCUGGAACAGUUGGAGUUGGAGCGGAAGCAGGCCCUGGAGCAGUAUGAGGGAGUUAAAAAGAAGCUAGAGAUGGCAACACAUAUGACCAAGAGCUGGAAGGACAAAGUGGCCCAUCAUGAGGGAUUAAUACGAUUGAUAGAACCAGGUUCCAAGAACCCUCAUCUGAUCACCAACUGGGGACCCGCAGCGUUCACCCAGGCAGAGCUCGAGGAGAGAGAGAAGAGCUGGAAAGAGAAGAAGACCACAGAGUGACGGCCGUCCCAGCGGUCACCCAGUCAGUCACAUCAGUGAGGAGUCAAGAGCUUCAUACCUGGGACAAGAACAUUGGCUUUGCUGCUUCUAAGUCUCCCCUCAGGGCUCCAGCAGGGUCCUGUGCUGAGGACGCCAUGUUUACCUUCUAGAGAUGUCUCAGCUCUCCUGGCGAGAACAUAGGCACAGGUGUGGCUGGAGCCACCUCACUGUUGUCUUCUGCAGCCCUUGCAGCCCCUGGUCUCAGCCCCGCCUUGGAUGGGAGGUCAGCUGUCUCCUCCCCUCCGGCAGCGCAUUCCCUUGGCCGAUUGCCUGGUCUGUUGGCCUCUUUGAGUCAGGUGUCAUGGCAAGCCUCCGCUGUUGGUGCUCUGAUGGACAAGUCACUAGUCACUGCCCUUGUGGAUGGAAUCUGGUUGGUGACUCUUCCCAGCUUCAGCUAAGAUACUUCCCUCCCUGACCACCACACACAUGGCAUGCUUCGUUUGCAUUUUCUUUCUCCUCACCUCAAAGCAAGACUUAUCCUGGCCCAGCGGCUCAACUUAGUUCUUUGGGUGUUCUGUCCCCAGCUGCUAGUCUGUUGAAAUCAAUGGUGAUUGGAUAGUUUGGGGGGUUACAUGGGCACAGUGGAAGCUGACAGAAUGUGGACUGGUAAGAUGUAAAGUGUCACAGGAUGAUGGCCAGCCUUGUGGCUUUCACUAGAACUAUGUCUCUCUGCUUUUCCCUCCGAGGAUGACACAGAUUGUGGUUUGUAUGCUUCUUGUUUGAGGAAUGAUUUCAGCCCUAAUCUGGUCUGAGACGGAGAUGAGUGGUUGGAAAGUAAGCCUUACCACACUAGUUGGAAUCUGUAACCAGCAGUAACUCCAUGCACAGCCAAGAAGCUUUACAUUAUAAACAGGAAGGUGACCCAUGUGGCACAGAAGAGGUGGGACUCAGUAGAGAGCAGGGACCCCCACGGGCCUGGUCCAGCCUUGCCUCAGAGCAGGAAGGAGGCCAUUCCAGACAUGUGCAAGUCUACAGAUAGAUCCCAGCAGUCCUGGCAUCUACAUAAGGACUGGAUAGAGUUCCAUUAAUCUCUGCCUUUUAUGACUGGAAAACAUUUGCCAAUGGAAGUCUUACCAAUUUUUCUUAAGAUUUUGGGCUGCUUAAUAAAAGUAAUUUUAUUUAAUGUUUAUAGUUGCCUUCAUACAGUUUAGAUUUGUGUGCAAAGUAUCACUGUGUCACGAACCUUCUUAGUGGAUAACUUGGGUGUAGGUUUGGACCUGGCCAUUCACUCACCAUGUUUCCUUGUCAGUGCAGCCGGGAAUCAGACCAAGGGGACCAGGGUCUCCCCUGUGUCUUGAUGAUGUCUCCUAGAGACCUCAGUGUCCUUGGAGAGAAAAGAAAAAGAAACUCCAAGAAGGUACUGGCCGGUGUGAAAUGUCUGGACGGAAGCAAGGGCCUGGGGGUCCAGGGGAGACUGGGGUAAAGGGAUCGCCCGGGCCGGGCUGACAGAACCUCCCUCCUUAAACCUGGACUGUCUUACAGCACAGCCAGAGGCAUGGCCCGCAGCUGCCACGGCCCUCCUUGUCUGGUCUCAAGCCUGAAUACUGCAUGCUCCCUUUGUAUGGGCUGUGCAGAAGGCGUCUGCAGUCUGUAGUGUUUGUUUCUGCUUGCCUCACCGGCUUCAGUAGCACUGUGGCUGGGAAGUGAAAGUCCUUUGUAGACAGUGGAUGAGAAGACCGCACAGAUGUGAACUGUGUGACUCCCCUUUAGGCCAAUGCGCUGAUACUUGUGGGUCUCUCCUGAUACUCAAGGUGGUUUCAGCUAAGUGUCUAUAGACCGUGCCUCAUCUCUGUAAUAACUACAGGAAACGUUGGGAGUGUCUGUCUGUGUGUUCACUGUAAUCAGCCCUUUCCUCCAACGAGAGAUGAGAUUAUUUGCAGGAAUUAUGAAUGAAAAGCAUUUGAAAAUGUUUUGGGAUCUACUAUAUUGAGAAUGAACAAAAUAUUUAUAAUUUUAAAACAUUUUUAUCUACACAUACAAUGUAAUAUGCUCUACUUCUUGUUUUUUUUUUGUUUUGUUUUUUUGCUAAUUUUUCUAAGGUAUUAAAAUGUUUUCUAUGGGAUUUUUGGUUUCUAUUUUUUUAGUAAAGUGGACUCAAUAACAAAAUUAAACAUACCAGAAUUUCAUA